UAAGAGAACAUCUCCUUCACUUCUGUACAACCACGCCUGGAACACAGCAGACAAUAACUGCUGAAUAUGGGAAGAGCCCAGGGUCUGUUUUAUAGCUAGACCGUGUGCACCCCUUCUGUCCCAGGCUGGCCCAACCUGGAGGCAUUGUGAGUCAUAGCUGGUGGACAGCAGCUUAGUGGUUCAGGGAUGGGGCCAGGCCUGGGAGAGCAGCUUGGCACCUCCGACACAUCCUCCAGCAGUGCCCCUGGCUCGCCUUCAUCAUUCUGGACACAGGGCCUCCAGAGGCAAGGGCGCAGCCCUGGUCGCCCACGUCCUCGAGGCUCGGCACUGGGCACCCACGCGCCCCACAAGGUCCACUCGGUCCUCGCCCUGGAGGCCUUCAGGUGUCUUAGCUCAGGCCACAUCAGCCGCCUUUGGGAGCAGCUGCAGCAGUUCUGGGCCGACCACUUCUCGCAGCGCUUCUCCCCGCGGCGCCCGCCGCUGCGCCGCAUCUCCUCCAUGUCCACCUUCUACUUGCUAGACCACCGGACGCGCCAGGCCGAGCUGGGCCUCAGCUACGGCGCGCCGCGCACUCGCCUGAGCGAUGAGGCCUUUGUGUUCCGCGGCGGCCAGUGGACCACCGAGGGGCAGCCGCGGCGGUCGCGACCGCUGCUGCCCUCACCCAGCAACUCGGGCUGGAAGACGCAGGUGCAGGGGGUCAACAGCCAAUUGUUGCUGGAGGAGAACAACUACCUGAAGCUACAGCAGGAGCUGCUCAUGGACAUGCUGACUGAGACCACAGCGCGCAUGCACCUGCUGGAGAAGCAGCUCGAUUCCCAGGCCAGCCCGGCGUCUGGGGCGCGCUCCUGGCAGAGGAAGAUGCGCAAACGCGAAGGCGCGAACGCGGUGCUCUUGCUCCAGCCGCGCGCUCUGGAGUCGCGGUGACGCAAUAAAGCCCGUGCGGCGCACGCGCAUUUCGCUCCUCGCUGCCGGCCCGGCGCCUUCGUGGGCAGCCAAGUGGGGUCGGCUCGGGCUCGCGACCUGCGGGUAGGGACCGUCACUUAGUGCGCGUUAGUGGACGGGUGACUCAGCCGUCAGCCCGUCUCGGGAGGGCGCGAUAGGGCCGUGGAGGAAGAUUUCCUGUGCUCUCAAAGAGAUUUGGCCAUCCUGGAACUUCAUUUUGUCCUACAGCAGUGGCCUUGAGCUGAAUCGUGGCUGUUACCUCCUGAUUCUUGGGGCCACUCCUACCAGGAUUGACCCCCUCUCCAGUUCAGUCUGGGAGGCCAUCCGUGCUCUGCCUUGCCUGCUGUUGAAUCUUGGACGCGUUCAGAAUAAGAGCGAGAUCACUCAGAAGCCUGUGCCCAAGAUGUGCGUCUGCACACACGUGGGACAGGAAUACCACAGAAGCCUGUGGCAGCCAGAGGGGACUGGGCACAGAGCAGAGGCCCGAAGAACUUGCUCGGUCACCGGGAACAGUGCCAACAGGGAGUGAGGAGGCCUCACGUGGGACCCUGGGAAGCAGGAGUGGCUCUAGGGCUGUGACCAGCACCACUAUCCCUGGAGCCACAGAGCAGGAGCCUUGGCCCCUGUACCCUCGGGAGCCACCACCCAUCAGCCUGUCUGCUGCUUUCUGUCCCCUCCUAGUAUAUCGCACCUACAAAAAUUUUAGCAAUACUGUAAUAUCAUAUACUCAAUUUGUUUUCAACUGGUCCGUGCCCUAUCUCUGAUCAGGCAGAGCUGAAUAGAAGUAAGGGGACAGAGGGUCAUGGGGACUCUGUGCACUCACCAGUGGGUGGACUGGGUGUAGACCUUAGAAACCCAUGUCCUGGGGUUAUGCCAGCAGAGUUACAACUCUCCAGGGAAAGUGCAAGACCAGUCAGUGGCUUGGUGUGUGGAUGACCAUGGACUGAGGCCUGUGUGUGGCCUGAAAACCAAUAGCGAUGGGACUGUGGAGCAUGGCCCUUCACACCGUGCGCAGGCCUCUGAAGAGACACAUCCACCGGUCACAAUGUAUGGACAUUUUUGGGUCCUGAUUUUCAAGCAAACUAAAACAAACAAAAAACACCCCCCCCCCCCACACACACCAAAACCGAUAGAGGGGCGCCUAGGUGGCUCAGUCAGUUAAGCGUCUGACUCUUGAUUUCGG